AUGGCCUUGUUGGACCGAUCAUCCACGCUGGCCGCCACGCUGGAUAACUCACAGCGUGGCAAGGGAUGCGUCCCCUACGACCCCAACGCAACAGCCCCAACCUACGGCUAUGAUCCUGAUCUUGGUGCCGGCAUCGUCUUCACCGUCGUCUUCUUUCUCUCAAUGCUGGCGCACAUCAUACAAGUGACCAUGAGCCGCAAGUGGUGGUACUCUGCCUUCGCACUGGGUGCUUUUGGCGAAUGCCUGGGCUGGGCAGGACGAGCCGGUGCCCACCACUGCCCAUACAACAAGACCCUGUUCUCUCUUCAGAUAUCCAUCCUCAUCAUCUCACCUUGUUUUUUCAGUGCCGCCAUCUAUUACAUUCUCGGGCAGAUGAUCACGCAAUACGGCCGCCGCUACAGUCUCAUCUCGGCACGAAUGUACCUUGCCAUUUUCGUAUCUUUUGAUAUUAUCUCGAUCGUUAUUCAGGCUGUUGGUGGUGCUAGCGCGUCUAAAGCCGGAGGAGAAGAUCCGCCGGGAAAUACUGCGCCUGGAACACACAUCAUGAUGGCUGGUAUCAUCAUUCAACUCGUCUCGAUGAGCGCUUUCGGACUGCUCUGGCUUAUCUUCCUUUGGCGUGCCCGAGCAGUGCCGAUCUCAAGGGUGUUAUUGGUGGUAACGACGUUCUCGGCUUUCUGCAUCAUCGUCCGUAAUUUCUACCGCGCCAUCGAGCUCUCCCAGGGUUGGGAAGGGUACUUGAUUACGCACGAAGUUUAUUUCGCUGUCCUCGAUGGGGCGCUUAUGGCUCUGAGCGUAGGGGUUUUUAACAUUUUCUUUCCUGCAAGAUACCUGACUGGUGAGGCCAAACUGGACAUUCGUGAUCACGAGAUGUUGACAACGGAGGGAGUCUGA